GGCAGGGGAAGGCUAAGAUGUCGGGGCGCGAGAAGAAAGGGAGAAGAACUACUACCAAGACAAGAAGGAUCAAUCUGAGCUGUAAAUCUAAGAUGGAGCAUUCAGUAAUGUUGUUUUGAUGAGGCUAAUGAUGACCUCCUAUCUUGUCCCUCUCCUUAAACCUUUCUUACGAGAAAGGUCCAGGUGGACAUGUCGGUGCAUGUGGAGGAUGACUCUAAGAAGAUGGUUUCUGAUGGGUAUGUUUUCCGUCCUGAUAUGGAGACCGAUGGCCAUAACUUUGAGUUAAAGAGCCAUUGCGCCCUUGGUGUGAGUCUCGACUUUGAUGUACUAGGGAAUGGCCAUGUUAGGCGUGUUGUGGAAGCCUUUGAAUAUAAUGCAACGAUAAAGCUCACAAAGGCUACUAGAUUUGGACAUGUGAGUUCGGAAGAACCCCAAGAUGGUCGGCUAUCUAAGACCCUGCAUCUAAACGAGUAUGGUUCUAAUAAAGGCCAUAUGGUGGUGGAAUCGAGGAACGGGCUUUUCACGAACUGGAAGGUGAUUUGAGGGAGGACCCAUGUCCCAAACGACAAUUUGAUGAAGUUGAAGAAGAGACUGAAGAGGUGGAGGUAGCCAGCCCUGAAUGGUCCCAUGUGGAUAAAUGAGGAUGUUGGCUUGGAAUCUGAGAGAGAUUGGACCAACCCUCACAUUUCGUACUACUGUAGUUUUACUUCAUUAUACUAAGCCUAAUCUAGUUUUCCUUUCGGAAACAAGAUCAAGUGUAGGGUAGUGUCUCGUAGGAUGUGAGGGUUAGGUUUUGAUUUGUCCAAUUAUUUUUUUGUUGACGCGGUUGAUGCGUCUAGUGGUCUUGUUGUAGGUUGGUCCCCCGGAGUUGACGCUCUGGUGUUGAGUCAUUCUAGUUGUCAUAUCUGUGUUCGUUAUGAGAAUGAUAUUUCUUAUGUGGUUGUGGGUGUGUAUAUUAGUUGCAAUAAUGAUAUUCGGGCGACGCAAUUGAUCCAUUUACAGAAUCUAAGCAAAGAAAUCCAAUUACUCUAUGUGAUGAUAGGUGAUUUUAAUACCAAUCUAUCGGGAAAUGAGAAAGAUGGUGGGAGGAGUCUUGGAACCCGGCUUGCUCCGUUGUGAUUAGGAAUUUUGUGAAUGAUCUAGGACUACAUGAUGUGGGUUUCCAGGGGGAUCAAUUCACUUCGACCAAUAAGCGGAUGGGGCCGGCCUGUGUUCAGGAAUGACUUGAACGGGCCUUGUGCUCUCAGUCUUGAAUAUACCAGUUCUCUGAGUCAUUGGUGAAGCAUGAUACGGAUCAAGGGUUGGACCAUACAAGUCUUCUCUUAUCAGAUAAGCCUUUCACGCGACAAAGUCGUCCUCUAUCAGGUUUGAUGCACGUUGGCGGAGAAUCCUGAAGUUAGGGAAAUGGUUGUGUUUGUGUGGAAUGAGGUUGUCCAGGGAUCCCCCAUGUAUAGGCUAUAGGCUCGAUUAAAACCCGUCAUCAUCUCCUAUAUGAAUGGAGUAGGACUGGUACUACUAAUUCCCUACGAAACAUCAAAAUUCUCCAGACUAAGAUUGAGUAGGUAGAUCACCUUAAUCCUAUUGAUUGGGAUAGAGUUCGAGACCUCGAGAUGGAGCUUAGUCGCUAGUGGGAGACUGAAGAGAUCUACUAGCAACAGAAAUCUCGAGUCAGGUGGCUUAAAAAGGUGAUAUCGUUGGUGAGUUAGUGGUGGAAGUUGUCUGCUCCUUUUUCAAUGUUACGAAACUUACCACACUUGGCUAACUCUUAUUACCAAAAUGGAUAAUAUGGAGCAUAUGCGCUAGUUGAGACCUAUAAGUUUAUGCCAAUCUGUAUACAAAAUCAUUGCCAAACUAAUGUCUGAACGAUUGGCUCGGUUUCUCCCAUAGAUAAUCUCACCGGGGCAGAAUGCAUUUAUUCGUGAAAGAUAGAUAGUGCAUAAUGUUCUCAUUGGACACGGACCGAUGUAUUACCUUAAGAUAAAGACUAAGGGUAAGA